AUGUCCAAAAGACCAGCUGCACCGGUCGUGGACCAAAAGAAAGUUGUGGUCAUCGAGUAUGACAAACUGGAGGGGACGUACCUGGAGCUCGGCUUCUGGGACGACGACAUCGGCGCCGAGAAGUACGCCGAGCUCCUCCACAAGGGCCGAAUCCGCGAGGAAGCCAUCGUGGACUUCGAUGGCAACCUCCUGCGCAUCCAUGGCCAACCCAACACCGCCAUCGCCCUGAAGAACGAGACCAUCUUCCGGUGCCUCUGCACCCCCGACCUCCAGAACUGCCGCGCCUGCUUCAUGCGCAAGCGCACCAUCUACGCCGAAGGCCGUGCCCAGCUUGCGCGUCUCGAGCGCCGCUCCGCCAAAGCUGCGGCCCGGCACUACAAAGCCAAGGCCGGCGUUCUGGAAGCCGAGGUCGCCGUUCUUACCUCCUCUCUCGGAGAGCGCGACACCGAGGUCGCGACUCUCAAAUCCUCGCUCGCAGAGCGCGAUGCCGAGCUCGACGCCGCCAAAGCCCAAGUCCUCGCCCUGAAGGACUUCAUUGCCAACCGGUUCACCGAUGCGGUCCAGUCUCUCGGAGCUGCCCAUCCCGUGGCCGAGUUCCAACAGGCUGCGGACGCGUUCGAGAAGGAAGGCGGCAACAUGGGUCGAAGCGCGCUGGCCGGUGCUUUCGGGCUUCCGGCAGAGCGUGCUCCCACGUCCGACACUGGCGUUGCUGGUGGUGGAGUGCUGUCUGGGUCUCCAGGCAGCGGUGGGGAUAUCACCGAUUCGGACGAUGAGGAUGUCCACGACGGCCUUGCUCGCAAGCGUCGUCGGAUUUCCUCUGCCGGUCCGUCUCGGCCCCCCACCUCCACUGCCGGCAACAACAGUCGUCGUCGCCCCUCCUCAUCCCUCGGUGCUCGUCGCAAACACUCCGUUCCUUCUUCUUCUCUCCCAGCGCUCGCGGUACCCGCUAGCUCGGGACCCGAGCAGCCCCCCAUCCGCCGACGCAAGCUUCCAGCCACCGCUGCUUCUGCCCACGCGGUUUCCGCUAGCUCGGUUCCCGAGGCGCAGAAGCCGGCUGGUCGCUCGUCGUGGAACUCAAGGAGCGCGCAGCUCGAUUUCGAUGACGCUGUGGUGCCGAUGGCGUCGAUUGCGGCGGCCGUAGCGGAGGAGAAUGCCGUCCUUGCUGCUUCUGGUUCAGGGAAGCGCAGGGCGGAUUCGACUCUCGCUGACAAUGAGGUCGGGCUUGAGGACUCUCAGGAGCUCAGGUCCGCCUCCCCCGCUGCAGACACCGACAAUGACUCCGACGCCGACGUCGAUACCGAUUCCGACAGCGACACCAUCUCCGGCUCCGGCUCCGGCUCCGAUUCCGACGGUGCCGCUGCCGCUGCUGCCCCCGCACCCGCACCAGCACCCGCCGCCAGACGCUCGACCUCCUGGUCCGAACACGAGAAGAACUGCCUGAUCGCAGUGAUGUUCGCGCACGCCGACGCGGUCAAAGCGGGCCGUCAUCCCGCGGUCUAUGAUACCGCGCUCUGGGCUGUCGUCCGGAGGCGGUUGAUGGCCGAGUACGGGAUCGAUCGGGUACCGCAGGCGUGCCGGAUGAUGUGGAAUCGUGGGCUUCGGGAGCUGACGGGGCUGGAUGAGAGGUUGAGACGGGAUCCGAAUAGGAUGGCGACGAGUUUGCAGAAGAAGGCUGGGCAGUGA